AGUCUUGCACAGGUGUACCAGCCCCUCCCCUUCAGUCUUGUACAGGUGUACCGGCUCCUCCCCUUCAGUCUUGCACAGGUAUACCAGCUCCUCCCCUUCAGUCUUGUACAGGUGUACCUGCUCCUCCCCUUCAGUCUUGCACAGGUGUACCGGCUCCUCCCCUUCAGUCUUGCACAGGUAUACCAGCUCCUCCCCUUCAGUCUUGCACAGGUAUACCAGCUCCUCCCCUUCAGUCUUGCACAGGUGUACCUGCUCCUCCCCUUCAGUCUUGCACAGGUGUACCAGCUCCUCCUCUUCAGUCUUGCACAGGUAUACUGGCUCCUCCCCUUCAGUCUUGCACAGUUGUACCGGCUCCUCCCCUUCAGUCUUGCACAGCUGUACCGGCUCCUCCCCUUCAGUCUUGCACAGCUGUACCGGCUCCUCCCCUACAGUCUUGCACAGCUGUACCGGCUCCUCCCCUACAGUCUUGCACAGCUGUACCAGCUCCUCCCCUUCAGUCUUGCACAGGUGUACCGGCUCCUCCCAUUCUGUCUUGCACAGGUGUACCGGCUUCUCCCAUUCAGUCUU